AUGGGUCGCAGCUACCGCACCUACCUCGCCGGCGAGACCGUCUACGUCUGCCGCGGCUGCGGCAACCACCUCGCCGUGCAGGAAAGCGUCAUGAGCCGUAACUUCACCGGCCAGCACGGCAGGGCGUACCUCUGCCGCCAUGUCGUCAACGUUUACACCUCGGCCGAGGCCGAGGACCGCACGAUGCGCACAGGCAAGCACACCGUGCGCGACUUGUACUGCAGCGUCUGCCACCACGUGUUGGGGUGGAAGUAUGACUUUGCGUACGAGCCAGGCGAGAAGUACAAGGAGGGCAAGUUUAUCAUUGAGCGCGAGAUGAUCGUCGAGCGCCCAGAGGGCAAGCGCAACCUCGACAAGCCUGUUAUCGAGGAGGUCGUUGUGCGGCAGGUC